AUGCCGAAAUCUGUAGCCUCGUAUGCGUACGACGCAGACGCUUUCGACCAAGAUAGCACUNNCCCCCCUACUCCAAGGAGCAGCAGAGGCAGCACUGUGAGAAGACAUGGCCGCCGCCUCGCCUCCGACUGGGAUCUGAAGAGCCGACUGCCUUCACGCCUAGUCCUCGAUGAUCACGCUUCUCUGCUCGACAACCCUGAUGGCCGCCCAGCCUAUCGUGCCAUAGCAUCGGCGCCUCAGUCUCCUAAGAAGACGUUCCGAAGGAGGAACAGCGCUCCGAGCGCCGAAAGACGCCUAGGGACCCUCACCUCGAGAGUCGUAAAAGCCUUUGGCACUGAAGCAAACCGGCUUGAAGGUCGUCACUCUGCUUCCUGCGCACUGAUAUUUUUGCUAACACCGAUCGCAGAAGACGAUGACGACGAUGAUGACCACCAAAAACUAUCCGAGUCCAUUUACUACGACGACCGCGUCUGGUACGAUCAGUAUACGAGUACAGACUGGGUACAAGACAGCAUAAGCGAUGCCUUUCGCUUGAAAGAGUUGCGUAGCCGUAAAGGCUUCAGGGGCAGAGCUGAAGGUCUGUUCGAUUCCGCUCAGGGCUGGAUACUAGUAGCUGUUAUUGGAUGCGUCACUGCUGGUAUCGCAUACAUCGUCGAUGUGUCCGAGUCCUUCAUAUUCGACUUGAAGACAGGCUAUUGCUCGUACAAAUGGUACUAUGGAAAGAGAAGCUGUUGUGGAGGUGCUAGUACCUGCGAUCAAUGGUCUCGUUGGUCAUUGCGUCUGACUCCUGGCCCUGAAGAAAAUGGCUGGUUCGACUAUGCAGCUUUCGUCUUCUGGGUGAUAGCUCUGUCUCUGGCAGCCUGCUUGGUCACAUUGCAGACAAAGACUGUUGUCAGCUCGGCUGUCAGUCUAUCUACACUCGACGAAAAUCUUGCCGCACAAGCCCCAACCACUGCCGAAGCACGGAAGGACAGUUCGGGCAGUCCUACGCGUCGCUUUGCUGAAGCUGCCCAACGUCCUCCUAUGGUAUACUACCCAGCUGCUGGAAGUGGUGUCGCUGAGGUCAAAGUCAUUCUUAGCGGUUUCAUCAUCCGAGGAUACCUCGGUUUGCGAACUCUUGUCUUCAAAACCUUUGGCCUGAUCCUCAGUGUUGCUUCCGGUCUCUCGAUCGGUAAAGAAGGACCAUUUGUCCACGUUGCGACCUGCGUCGGUAACGUCGCAUGCCGCAUGUUCGAAAAGUAUCAUGUGAAUGACGCCAAAAGACGAGANAGUGGUGUUGCAGUUGCCUUUGGUUCUCCCAUCGGAGGUGUUCUCUUCAGCUUGGAGGAAGUCAGCUACUAUUUCCCACCCAAGACUUUGUUCCGAACCUUCUUCUGCUGCAUCGUAAGUCAUUCGAGAACCCGCUGA